AUGAAACAGCCUUCUGGUGACCAAGUGACUGUGUUUGACCAGCUUGCUAGAACGUGUGGGUUGCUGAAACAUGAAUGUGUCCAGUCUGAUUCUGUGAAAGGACAAGGAACCUAUAAGUCUAUCAGGUCUCUGGAGGAUUCUGAGCCCAAUCCAUGCAUCGGCCACCUCAUGGCUAACUUCAACCUAACCUCUUCUAAACCUUCUGCAUUGAUCCUAAUGGGCAUCCCUGGCCUGGAAGCAGCCCACAUCUGGAUUGCCAUCCCCUUCUGUGCCUGCUACACGAUUGGCCUGUUGGGAAAUUUCAUGGUUCUCUUUAUUGUAGGCAAAGAGCAGAGCCUGCACAAGCCAAUGUACCUGUUGAUCUGCUUCCUGGCGCUCACCGACAUCAGCAUGUCCACCUCGGUCAUCCCGAAGACACUGUGUAUAUUGUGGUUCAAUCUGAAAGACAUUACUGUGGGUGGCUGCCUCACCCAGAUGUUUUUCCUUCAUAUGGUUAUUGUGAUGCAAUCAGCCGUUCUUGUAACAAUGGCUUUCGAUCGCUACAUUGCCAUAAGUAACCCUUUGAGAUACACUACCAUCCUCAGCAAUGCACGAGUAGUUAAUCUGGGGCUAGUGUGUUUGAUAAGAGCUGUUCUCCUGGUUUUACCUCUGCCCCUGCUCCUGAGCAGGCUGCCGUUCUGUGCCAACCGCAUCAUCCCCCAUACGUACUGCGAGCACAUAGCUGUGGCAAAGGUGUCAUGUGGGGACACCACAGUCAAUCGGAUGUAUGGACUGGUGUCAGCAUUUGCAGUCACGGGGUUAGACCUGACGCUUAUUGCUCUGUCCUAUGGACUGAUCAUCAGAGCUGUCCUCAGAAUCUCCUCCAAGACAGCCCACCAGAAAGCCCUGAACACCUGCACAGCCCACCUUUGUGUCAUCCUGGUGUCUUACACUUCCUGCCUCUUCUCCUUCCUGACACAAAGAUUUGGCCAGAGCAUCCCUUCCCAAGCACAUAUCACUUUUGCCAACAUCUAUGUCCUCGUCCCUCCCAUUUUCAACCCCAUCAUCUAUGGGGUCAAAACAAAAGAGCUUCGUGCCAAAGUGGGUAAAUACAUCUGCAGAAGGUGA